AUGCUUCGUUGCAAAAAAGAGCAGUUGGACGUUCUGAGCGUGGAAGAAGCAUCCUUGAAGGAGCGACCUGUAUGGAACGAUACAUUGCGAGGAAUUCUGGUUGCUCUCGUCAAGGAUCGGCGAGCGCUUUGGGAUGCACGUUUCCGCACGAGCAAAGAAAAAACCAUGUACUAUUUCCGUGAAAUCGCUAGCAUUCUUUCGAAUCAGGACGAGCGAAUGAACGAAUGGUCUGUGCUUGACAAAUGGUGUUGGAUGGUAGAGAUGUACAUGCGAACUGUUGAGCGCCCAUCGUUCGACUGGCGAUUCAAGGGGGCUAUGGCAUUUCAUAAUGAAUUUGCUGCUAACGGUGUGCAGUACAUAGGAUCGCUCACUCCUGAGAUACUCAUAGAAUUGACGUCCGUUUACGGCGAGACGGAAGCGGAAUCUCAGGAGAUCAAGGUGAAUAUGUCUUUUAAAAGCGGAGUGUCAGGCUUGAUAUUCAAAUGA